CUCCGCUCGAGGAACAGCAAAACACAGCCGCCAGGAUGGACGGCUACGUAUACCGGCGACCCAGCAGCGAGAAAUGGGUAUAAAGAGCGGGUGCCAGCAGCGGUGGGCUAUCUAGAGAUGCCAGGACAUCAAGGAAGCCCAACGCGCAGCACAUCACCCACCACCCAGAGGAUCGGCUUUUCGCAAGCCCUUGACCGUCCGUAUACAACAUGCCACGCCUCACCACAUUCGCCACGGCCCUAGCCGCCGCCGCGUCCGCUGCCUCCUCUCCCGUCUCGGGGAUCGGCAGCGAGAGCGGCUUCGUCCAAGGCCGGACCGAGGGCAAGAUCUCGUGGGGGCCAUGCCCGCCAGAGCUCAAGCUCAACGCCUCGAACCCGGCUGUCGUCUGUGGCAACUUGACGGUGCCGCUCGACUAUAAAAACGCCUCGGCGGGCACCGUCACACUGGAGCUGCUCAAGUGGCCCGCGGUCCACCAGCCGUCCAGGGGCAGCAUCCUGACCAACCCAGGUGGGCCCGGCGCCUCCGGUAGGGUCGACCUGAGCAUUACCGGGGCCUACCUCUCUCCGGCUACCGGCGGUCACCAUGACCUCAUUUCGUUCGAUCCCAGGGGCGUCUUCAACACCAUCCCCUUAUCCUGUUUCAACAUGACGAACCCGGCCGAGGCCAAGUCCAAAGUCAUCAUCGGAGACCGCACUUUGAUGGCCGGCAACUCCUCGGACGCGGCCAUGGGCUCCUUGUGGGCCGCAACGUCGCUCCGGGCCGCGGCCUGCGCAAAGGCGCCCGAGGCCCAGGCGCGGGGCAACUUCACCGGCACCGCGCUCGUGGCCCGCGACAUGAUGGCCAUCGUGGACUCGCUGGGAGAGGACGGGAUGCUGAGGUACUGGGGGUUCUCGUACGGCACCCUGCUCGGGGCCACGGUGGCGGCCAUGUUCCCGGACCGCAUCGACAAGCUGAUCCUGGACGGCGUGGUCAACCCGUCCGACUAUUACCGAGCGUACGAGGCGGAGCGCUAUGUUGAUACGGACGCGACAUUCCGCUACUUCCUCGACGAGUGUGUCAAACUGGGAGUCGGCUGCCCCUUGCUCACACGUCGGCCCAACGCCACAGCCGACGACCUGGAACGCCUCAUCCGUGGCAAGAUUCAAGAGCUGAAGUAUCACCCCGUCCCCGUCCCGGAAAUGUCGGUGACGGUCGACUAUUCUACAGUCAAGUCCACCAUAUUCUUCCUUCUCUACAUUCCGGAGACGUGGACGAGCCUCGCCGCGCUGAUGGACGCGAUCGUGACCGACCCCUCAGACCUGGCCGCCCUGCUACCGUCCGCCAGCACGCCGCCUUCCGAUGGGAGCGAGGAGAGCUACGCGAUCCACGCCAUCCGCUGCGCCGACCGCGUGCCCCGCCACGAGACCCUCGACGAGUUCGCCGCCGCCAUCGAGCCGACGCACCAGGUGAGCUGGCUCACAGGCGACACGGCGACGGGGGCCUACAUGACGUGCGCGCGCUGGCCCUACCACGCGGCCGAGCGGUACCUGGGCGACUUCAGGGUCAAGACCAAGAACCCGGUCCUGGUGCUCUCGGCCGAGCUCGACCCCACCACGCCGCUCGCGUCGGCCCGCAACGUCAGCGCCGGCCUCGAGGGGAGCGUGCUCCUCAAGCGCGCCGGCCCCGGCCACUGCUCGUACACGCUCUGGUCCACCUGCGCGUAUCGCGCCACGAGGGACUACUUCCUCCACGGGCGCCUGCCGCCCGCCGACACGACCUGCGAGGCCGAUCUCAAGGCCCUGUCGUCGACCGAAGAGUACGCCGCCGCCCAGAAGAAGAUGAUCGCCACGCUGGCCCAGGAGAACGCGGGCAACGGUACUCUCAGUUCGGCUUAGCCGAGGCGAUAGCCUGCGAAGGUGUCCUUGUUUUUUUCUUCUUCUUUUUUUCUUUUUUCGUAGUGAAGAAUGUAAUCCAGCGUGCAUGUUGACGAUUGGAUUGACAACAAGGGGCAGUCUUGGGCUGGGGGCUAGGGGUUGAAGAUGUAGGCCAGAACAGAAUAAGUGCCACAUACUGGUUUGUUAUUUGUGCGUGCGAAGUUUACCAACAGAUCAUACAGGAAGGCGCGAUGUAGGCGAGUAAGCGGCACGUGGCUCCCGUCCAUACCUGCCCGUUUUCGUACCAACCUGAUUAAACAGAUAAUAUCAUGAUUGCAGCACCAGC